UGAAAUUUCAGUUAUUUUCACAAAGCCGCAAACCCUAAUGUUGUGACCACUACCCACCACCGACGGCGGCAGCACCGCUCCUCCUUUCCAUAGCAACAAAGCUAACAGCGUCGCGCUAUCAACAGCGUCCGGACGUGAGUUGCGCCUCUCAGCGUCGUCGGCUUCUUGGCGUGCGAGAAAUUAUCAAUCCUUGUCUCUUGUGCAUCUAAUCAACCUUAGCCGACACCUUUUCGUUCCACCUACGUUUGAUUUUAAUAGCAAAGGCUUCUCCUUCCAGAGGGGGGGACCUGGAAACAAAAGAAAGAAAGAAACGAAAAGUGUCUGUAAUAGAGAUUAAGAGAAAACUGCAAUUGAAUAUGACUCGCGGCAUAAAACACCGGAAGAACAAAAAGAAGGGGUCUAAGAAAGAGGGUGGGUCUUCUUCAUCUUUGGCUCCAGAAAUUCCAGCUAAGGUGUGGCAACCCGGGGUGGACAAGUUAGAGGAAGGUGAAGAGCUUCAGUGUGACCCUUCUGCUUACAAUUCUCUUCAUGCUUUUCACAUUGGAUGGCCCUGUUUGAGCUUUGAUAUUCUACAUGACUCUCUGGGUUUGGUUCGAACAGAAUUUCCACAUACAGUAUAUUUCAUGGCAGGGACUCAGGCAGAGAAACCUUCUUGGAAUUCUAUUGGAAUUUUUAAAGUAUCAAAUAUUUCUGGAAAGAGACGGGAACCGCUACCUAAACUUCAAACUGAUGACUCUGGAAUGGAUGGUGAGGAUAGUGAUAGUGAUGAUGAUGAUGAUGAUAGUGAGGAUGAAGAUGUUGCCCAUGGUCCCAGUUUGCAGUUACGGAAGGUUGCACACCAAGGAUGUAUCAACCGUAUACGCUCCAUGCCACAAAAUCCCCAUAUAUGUGCAGCUUGGGCUGAUACCGGUAAUGUACAGGUCUGGGACCUAAGCUCUCAUCUCAAUGCUCUGGCUGAGACCGAAACAGAAGGUGUCCAAGGAGUUGCAGCAGUUUUUACUCAGGACCCAUUGCAUAUAUUUAAACACAAAGACGAAGGUUAUGCUAUAGACUGGAGUCUUCUUGUUCCUGGAAGGCUUGUAUCUGGGGAUUGUGGUAAUAGCAUUUAUCUGUGGGAGCCUACAUCUGGUGGAACAUGGAAUGUUGAUAAUGCUCCAUUUACUGGACAUACUGCUAGUGUUGAAGAUCUGCAAUGGAGCCCUACAGAACCUCACGUUCUUGCUUCUUGUUCUGUGGAUGGAAAUAUUGCUAUAUGGGAUAUCCGUUUGGGGAAGUCACCGGCUGCAUCUUUUAAGGCACAUAAUGCUGACGUGAAUGUCAUAUCAUGGAACAGGUUGGCUAGUUGUAUGUUGGCCUCGGGAAGUGAUGAUGGGACUAUUUCUAUUCGUGAUCUCAGACUGCUCAAGGAAGGAGAUUCUUUGGUAGCACAUUUUGAAUACCACAAACAUCCAAUCACAUCCAUUGAGUGGAGUCCACAUGAAGCCUCUUCAUUGGCUGUUUCAUCUGCUGAUAAUCAGCUUACAAUAUGGGACCUUUCAUUAGAAAAGGAUGAAGAAGAGGAGGCUGAAUUUAAAGCUAAAACCAAAGAACAAGUUAAUGCUCCUCAAGAUCUGCCUCCCCAACUAUUGUUUAUUCACCAGGGACAGAAAGACCUCAAGGAAUUACAUUGGCACGCACAGAUUCCUGGAAUGAUUGUUUCUACAGCAGCAGAUGGAUUCAACAUACUUAUGCCUUCAAAUAUUCAGAGCACACUGCCAUCAGAUGGUCCUUUAUAAGACACACUCUCGUCAAGUUUUCAAGCCAACCGGUUACAAGUUGGAUAAGCUGUUUGCAAUCACCGUGAAUCUACUUGAAUAUUGGAGAAAGUUACUUUGUACUCUUUUUUCGCUUUUGGUUCUUAUUGUUUCUUCUUCGCCCAUGCUGUAAGUUUUGUGGAUUAUCUGCUUCAGCUUGGUAUGCUUCACUUGAUUUUGAUGCAAUUUUCGUGUAUGCUGUCUAAACUGAUGCUGAUAUAAGGUUAGAAUGGAAACAAACAGGCUAAUUUAGCCGAAUAUUUCUUUA